AAUCAUCGGUGAGUGAAUCUGACAAUAGUAAGAAUUCUUUUCUAUUGUCGCCAAUCCAGAGACAAUACUAAAUGUAACUGCCACGGACUUUUGGCGAGCACAAUACUUCACAUCUUCGCACAAAAGACAGCUUUCCAAACUCAUUCCAACCUGCAGCUCUUUCUUCCCCCGAAAACUCCUCUUGCAACAUCAACACGACAGCGCACCUUCCAUUCCACCGCAUACGAAAGAUUACAGGAACUCGCUGAAUACUUGCUGAUCUAGGAUAAUAAGAAUACUUGUUUCUGCUAUUCGAAAGCUUCUUCUGCAGGAUGAGUGCUUCUCCCCAGCUAUCGCCCAUGAUGGGUUCAGCUCAUCGCAUCGAUCGACUACAAUCCACUUCACCACCCUUACCACAACAACAACUCUCGAAGCGAGACAAGAGACGUACUCAACUCCUCGAGCGAUUAAACGACAUGACCGCUGGCUUCUCUGCGAAUCGAGACAUUCACUACCGCGAUCAACUGCAAGCAAUCCAGGUCGACAUUAAUCUGAUCACAAACGCCGACCCCCACAGCAAAGAUGUAUUGCCUGAUCGGCCUGAGGAAAUCGAUUCAUUGGUUACAAAGGAAGUACAAAGAAUGAUGAUGAAGAGCUUGAGUGAUAAGACUCCUUUACGAGCUGGCAGAAUCUACGCGGAUUUUGCGAAAGAUGUCAAUGAUGCUAUUGAAGAGAGAGACAGUGCUUUGACCCAACACAAGAGAAAUUUCGAUGUCAAGAUGACCGAAAUUGCCGCUCAGCAUGCUUACAAGAAGAAACUCGCAACCAACGAAUACAAAGCACUGUCCAGCACAAUGCGCGAUCGCUUGAUUAACAGCGUUACAAGCAAGAAGGCGAGACUUUCGAAGGACAAGGAAGCAUUAGAAAUCAAUAAUGACAAUGCCUACCUCUUACACCCCAGUCAGUUCAGUCUCACGAACCCCGCCAGCCCAGGUGGUGUUCACGGAAAACGAGCCACAAGACACCGCCGCGAGGCAGAUGAGCUCCCCAACUUUGCAGAGAGUCACAAGCGUAAGCGCAAGGCUCAAGAUAGCGAUGAGUCUCCUGCACCAUCUCGCCAACGUCUAGAAAAUGGCACCAGCACUCCGGUCUGGCAUGCCGAGAAGCAGCAUGCAAAUGCGCUUCAAUUCGACACCCCACUGUACAGCAUCGAGAAGCUCUUCACGGAGAAAGAACUUUCGAUGACUUACAAUUCUUCUGCUCUUGCGGCAUAUUCCUACAUGAAUCGUCCUACACAAAAUGGCGAGGAUAUUGAUACUCCAUCGAAUGGCAAAUCCGACUCAAGCUCUGAGAACGAGAAGGCCGCUGCGGCUGCUAUCGAAGGGGAAGGCGAUGAUGCAGAAUCUCCUCCAGGUGGAGUUGGCAUGGAGCGUCAAUACUCGCAUGCAACUCGCAGCACUCGUGGCAACCACUUACAGACUGGUCUAGGCUUCGAAGCCUUCCCAGAUCUUGAAUACCCUGGUACUCUUGAAGCUCUCUCAAAGCAGAUCCCUAAGCUACCUCCUAUGAUCAAUUCCUUGGGUACCCGACAAUUUUCAAGCAGGACCGAUACCGUCGCAUCUGUCAAUGGUCUAUCUCCAGAAGAUGCUGCUGCCGAGAUCGACCUCAUUCGCAGAGCUAGAGCAUACAAUGACGAGAAGGGCAUUGGCAAGAACUUGAAUUUGGAACCUGGUGCAAAAAACCUCCUUGAACAAGCAGCUCAGACCAAGACCUACAAGCACCUCUUGGAAGCAUUCGCUACUCCCAAGGAGUACAGCUACAUCACCCCGUCCGAUGUCAAGAAUGUGCUCUAUAUGAACAAGAUGCAGAACCUCGCUACCAGCAGUGUACGAGAGGAGAUGGGUGGACUGGAGAUGGUUCCUCAACUAUCACAGGGCGCAAGCUCGAUUGGCGGGACGCCAAUGAGCCGUCAAGCCACUGACGAUAGCAUCACCAAGACGAAGUCUGGAAGAGCAAGCAAGCGCAGAACCGAUUGAGUCGGGCUUGAAGUGCUGAACUGUAUUUGGGGGUGUACAUUUUUGGGCGUGACUUUACAUAAAGGGGACCUGGGGCGUUACUGGGUUGGCUGGCUUGCUGGCUAGCUAAAUGGACGAUCCACCGGAAUACCACAUUUGCUGAACGAAUUGAACAACUUGCU